UUAAUUAUCGUGUUUGAAGUUUCAAGACGUAGUUGGAAGCUUCUGACGUAUAUGUAUGUGACGAUUUACGUAAAAAAAAAUAAAAUUUAAUAUUCGGAAGUGUUUUAAACAAGUUUACGGUGUUAAAAAAAAUCAUAAAAACAUUUAUACUCAAUUAAAAAAAACAACCAAAUAAUACAAGUGAUUUUCUUAUGAGUUUAUGUGACUAUUAACAUAUGUAUACAUAUAUAUAUAUAUACAUAGUAAUUACAAAUACAUACAUAUUUUACAUACAUCUAUUACAUGCGUAUAUGCAAAUAUAUACGUAUAUGUGUAAAUUUUUCAGGACAAAAAUACAAUAGCAAUAAUGGAAACAACGUGUAAGAGAUUCAUCAAUUAAUACCAACGUCAUUACUAUUAUAUGUGUUAAUUGUGUGCCACUAUUCAAUUGUGUAUAUAUUACUAGUUAUAAAAAAUCCUAUUUACAACACACACACAUGCGACAAUAUAUACAUAUAUACUAAUAUAUUAUAUAUACAUAUAUUUAUACAAAUAUAUCUGUGCAUGCAUAUAUAUGUAACACUUAUAAAUGUAUCAAUCAGUUUGCUUUCUUUUGAUAGUUAAUCCUUCUUCUAAACUCCUCUGCACCGUCUUCAAUUCAUAAAGAAAACGGGUCACAGUGUUUAGAUGAAUUGAACUUUUUAAAUUUCGCGCUCUUGUUAAUUUGGAUAACAGCUGUGAAGUGUUAAUAGCGCUAGUGUCUAUAAUAGUCAAUAGUCAAAUUGGUUUGCGUGCUUGAAAGCAUAUUUAUUCAACAGAGGAAGAAAAAAACAGUUUAAUGAGUAAACAAUUAUAAUAAAACAACAAUAAUAGUAUCAAUAAUAACAAUACAGUUAUAUUAUUGAAAUAUUACGUGAAAAGUAAAAAAGUUGAGGAAGAAAUAAGUGAAAUAAGAAGUGAAAUUGAAAGGUGAUAAAACGAGAAGAUAAACAAAUAGGAAAGUUUAAAAACAAAAACUGAUGGGAUUAAGUUUAAGAAAGGGUGGAAAAUAAUAAAUAAUUCAUUGACAUUAAAGAUUAAAAAGUGAAUAUUAUUGAGUGUUUUAGGUUUUUUUAAUAAAAAUUAAUCAUUACAAUUACGUAUUUCAAUAUUAAUAAGGCAUUUCAUUGACGACGCAACGAUGAGCGUCGAAGCGUCUGGUCAGCAAGUUGUGAAGGAAGGAUGGUUACAAAAACGAGGUGAGCACAUCAAAAACUGGAGAUCACGUUACUUUGUAUUGAGAGAUGACGGAGCACUUGUUGGUUUUAAAUCCAAACCAGACCAACAAAUGGCAGCAACUGCACAGCCAUUAAAUAAUUUUACCGUACGAGGAUGUCAAAUUAUGUCCAUUGACCGUCCAAAGCCUUAUACAUUUGUUAUAAGAGGCCUGCAAUGGACUACAGUGAUUGAGAGAACUUUUCAUGUUGAGACUGAGCAAGAGAGAGAAGAUUGGGUAGCUGCUAUCAGAUAUGUAGCUAAUAGAUUAGCAGCUGAAGAGCAAGCUCAACAGCAAAUCCAACCAUCUACAUCUCAAACAAUAACAUCAACAGUAAACUCAUCUGAAGAUGUAGACAUGGAGAAUUCAUCAAAUGGUAGCAGAUGUAAUUCAAAUGCAUCGCUGGGUAUUGAUUCAUUACCUAGUAUUGAUGAAUUAUCAGCCAAGUUCAGUGUUCAAGGUACUUCUAGCAGCAAGAGUAGUGGCAAGAAAAAAGUCACGUUGGAAAAUUUCGAGUUUUUGAAAGUCUUAGGCAAAGGGACCUUUGGCAAAGUCAUUUUGUGUCGGGAAAAAGCAACUGGACAUUUGUACGCUAUCAAAAUAUUAAGAAAAGAAGUGAUUAUUCGAAAGGAUGAAGUUGCACACACUUUGACAGAAAAUCGAGUACUUCGGACUACAAAUCAUCCGUUUUUAAUAUCUCUAAAGUAUAGCUUUCAGACAGCUGAUCGAUUGUGUUUUGUUAUGGAGUAUGUAAAUGGUGGCGAGUUAUUUUAUCAUUUGAGAAAAGCAAGAAUUUUCGGGGAAGACCGUACGAGGUUUUACGGUGCUGAAAUAAUAUCUGCUUUGAAUUAUUUACAUUCUCAAGGAAUUAUUUACAGAGAUUUAAAAUUGGAAAAUCUUUUGCUGGACAAAGAUGGUCAUAUUAAAAUCGCUGAUUUUGGGCUAUGUAAAGAAGACAUAACUUAUGGACGAACAACAAAAACAUUCUGUGGUACACCAGAAUAUUUAGCUCCAGAAGUUUUAGAGGAUAAUGAUUAUGGACGUGCUGUUGAUUGGUGGGGUGUUGGUGUUGUGAUGUAUGAAAUGAUCUGUGGUCGUCUUCCAUUUUAUAAUCAUGAUCAUGAGAAAUUAUUUACUUUAAUUUUGCUCGAAGAAGUCAAAUUCCCGAGAGCGAUAUCUAAUGAAGCUAGAGAUUUACUUGGAGGCUUAUUGAAAAAAGAUCCUAAUAAAAGAUUAGGUGGAGGUCCAAAUGACGGUAAAGAUAUAAUGAACCACGCGUUUUUCUCAUCAAUUGACUGGGCUGAUUUGGUUGCAAAGAGAAUAUCACCACCAUUCAAGCCUCAAGUGACGUCAGACACAGACACACGGUAUUUUGACAGUGAAUUUACUGGAGAAAGUGUAGAAUUGACGCCACCUGAUCAAGGAUGUUUAGGUAGUGCAAGUGGAUUAAAUUCAAUAGCUGAAGAACAAGAGCAUUUUCCACAAUUCUCUUAUCAAGAUAGUCAUUCAGCUGCUACGUCAUCAAUUUCGGUGUCUAUUACUCACUGACACGUGUUAACGAGUUAGAAACAUGUGAUAAACGUUGAUAUUUAAGUUAUAAUUGUAAUCAGAUAACAAACGAUAAAUACUAAGAGGAAAAAAACGAAAUAAUUCGAUAUAAGGUGAAAUGAUUCAUGUUGAAAAAACGAUUAUGAUUACUGAGUAUUUAAUGGUCAACAAUUUGCUACAAAACACUGCGAUCAUUUUUCAUCAUUUUAUAGGAGUUAAUAAUAUACAAAAAAGUAUAGGAAAAAAGAGAAAUCACGAGGAUGUGAACCUCCAGACAUGUUAUAGAGAAAUUUUAGUUAAUAUUUUCCGUGAUUUUGUUCAAAUAGAUGAAUUCAGUUAUUUAAGUCGAAGAAUCAAGAUUUUUUAACAUGAUUUAAAAUGUCAGAAUAUAUUCUUGGGAUUGCUGAAUACAAUCAGUGAUAAUAAAAACAAAGUGCAUUCUCAAAGUGUAUCUGUAAAA